AUGUCUGAAGGCAAUGUCAAGCCGCAGAACCCGGUCGUGGCUGAGGCCCACGAGGUCGACACGUUCCACGUCCCCAAGGCGUUUUUCGACAAGCACCCGCACAACGGGCCGCACCUCGCGGGCCUCGAGGAGUACCAGAAGCUGUACAAGGAGUCCAUCACCGAGCCCAAGCAGUUCUGGGGCCGGCUGGCGCGCGAGCUGCUCACGUGGGAGCGCGACUUCCAGACGGUGCACGCCGGCAGCCUCGAGCACGGCGACAGCGCGUGGUUCGUCGAGGGCAAGCUGAACGCGUCGUACAACUGCGUCGACCGCCACGCGUUCAAGGACCCCAACAAGCCGGCCAUCAUCUACGAGGCCGACGACGCCGGCGACGGCCGCAUCAUUACAUAUGGCGAGCUGCUGCGCGAGGUGUCCAAGCUGGCCUACACGCUCAAGGAGAUGGGCGUCAAGAAGGGCGACGCCGUCGCGCUGUACCUGCCCAUGAUCCCGGAGGCCGUCAUCUCGUUCCUGGCCUGCACGCGCAUCGGCGCCGUGCACUCGGUCAUCUUCGCCGGCUUCUCGUCCGACUCGCUGCGCGACCGCAUCAUCGAUGCCGAGUGCAAGGUGGUCAUCACCACCGACGAGGGCAAGCGCGGCGGCAAGGUGAUUGCGACCAAGAAGAUUGUCGACGAGGCGCUCAAGCAGUGCCCCGGCAUCAGCCACUGCCUCGUCUACAAGCGCACCGGCGCCGACAUCCCCUGGACCAAGGGCCGCGACUGGUGGUGGCACGAGGAGUCCAUGAGCUCCGAGGACCCGCUGUUCCUGCUGUACACGUCGGGCUCGACCGGCAAGCCCAAGGGCGUGAUGCACUCGACGGCGGGCUAUCUGCUCGGCGCGGCCGCUACAGGUAAAUACGUCUUCGACAUCCACGACGGCGACACGUUCUUCUGCGGCGGCGACGUGGGCUGGAUCACCGGCCACACGUAUGUCGUGUAUGCGCCGCUGCUGCUGGGUGUCGCGACCGUCGUGUUCGAGGGCACCCCCGCGUACCCCGACUUCUCGCGCUACUGGGACAUUGUCAACAAGUACAAGGUCAGCCAGUUCUACGUGGCGCCCACGGCGCUGCGGCUGCUGAAGCGCGCGGGCGACGAGCACGUCAAGCACGAGAUGAAGCACCUGCGCGUGCUGGGGUCCGUGGGCGAGCCCAUCGCCGCCGAGGUGUGGAAGUGGUACUUUGAGACGGUCGGCAAGGAGGAUGCUCACGUUGUCGACACUUACUGGCAGACGGAGACCGGCUCUCACGUCAUCACGCCGCUGGCGGGUGUCACGCCCACGAAGCCCGGCUCUGCCUCGCUGCCUUUCUUCGGCAUCGAGCCGGCCAUCAUCGACCCCGUCUCCGGCGAGGAGAUCCACGGCAACGAUGUCGAGGGCGUCUUGGCGUUCAAGCAGCCGUGGCCCAGCAUGGCGCGCACGGUCUGGGGAGCCCACAAGCGCUACAUGGACACAUAUCUGAACGUCUACAAGGGCUACUACUUCACUGGCGACGGCGCAGGCCGUGACCACGAGGGGUACUACUGGAUCCGCGGUCGCGUUGAUGAUGUCGUCAACGUGUCUGGCCACCGGCUGUCGACUGCUGAGAUCGAGGCUGCGCUCAUCGAGCACCACUCUGUCGCCGAGGCGGCCGUGGUCGGCAUCAACGACGAGCUCACCGGGCAGGCGGUCAACGCGUUUGUGGCGCUCAAGGACGGCACCGAGUCCAGCGACCAGGUCAAGAAGGACCUGAUCCUGCAGGUGCGCAAGUCCAUCGGCCCCUUUGCUGCGCCCAAGGCGAUAUACGUCGUCCCCGACCUGCCCAAGACGCGCUCUGGCAAGAUCAUGCGACGCAUCAUGCGCAAGAUCUUGGCAGGCGAGGAGGACCAGCUGGGCGACAUAACCACGCUUUCGGAUCCGUCGGUAGUUGAGAAGAUCAUCGACAUUGUGCACCAGUCCAAGAAGAAAUAG